AAAGUGUGGAGGAAAAUAUUUUACAAAUUCCUCCUGCACCUGUGCAACAGAAUCUUGGGUUAGCAAGCUACACUGCUGUUGACAAUGUGCAAGGAAAUUAUGACAUCCCUCCUGGUGCUAAUUUUUCUUCAACGUCUCGAUUAGAUUCUCAAACUGUUAACAGUCAGUCCAACCUACCCAAUUUUCUAGUCACAACAAACACUCCAAUGACAGCGUCAGAGCAUGCCCAAGGAGCAAUGAUGGCACCUGCACUCACCCCAAGAAGUCAUCCCGCCAGACAGCCUGCUCCUCAAGGGUUGGUAACCCCACCAAAAAAUUUCAACACUCCUGGAAAUGUUGCAGGUUCUUCCCCCCUCAGUCCAAGUAUCUAUUUGAGUGGUCAGGCUCCAAGGCAUAGACGAACUAGUUGGACUGAUGCUGAUAUGAGACCAAAGGGAAUGUUACCCCCUAUGCACACUAGAGCCAUGAACCCGGGGAUCCCACCUUACCCCCAGGGACACCAUGCGCGUCAGAGACUCUUUAAUGCUAACCCCUCCAGGGGAUAUGGCAUUGGUGAGGCUACAAGGGGAACUAGAGGUCGGGGAAGAGGGCGAGCCGUU